AUGCCAGCCAUCGGACAAGAGAAGCUAGAGCUCCACAAGUGCUUCCGCAUUCUGCAGACGUCAGCGGAGAUGAUGUCGGACCGAAAGUACAAGGUGGCGCAGCAUGUGGUUCCUGGCUCCCUCGGCGAGUUCAUCGAACGUUACGUCGAGGAGGUGGAGGUGACGGAGGACGGCGGCGCGGCGGUCGGCGGUGGCCCUACCGAUGCCCCGCCCCGUCGCAAGCAGGUGAUUCGGCGGGAUAAGAUGACCCUGGCAUGUGAGCGUGAGGUGGGCGAGGGUAACACGCUCAAGGCGGUCGUAUACUUCUGCCCACCAAACCACCUCUCGUCGGAGGUGGUGAAGAAGAUCGCCGAGGAUGCGCUUAAUGAAGGCUAUCAGCGGGUGGUGUUCGUGACCCCAUCGAAGCCGAACCCAAUCGUGCGCAAAACGAUGGACACGUACAACCGUAGUGAGCAGGAUCUGCGCUUCGAGCUGUUCGAGGAGGAUGAGCUCUCUGUGAACAUCACCCAUCACGAGCUAGUACCGAAGCACACGCCGCUGUCGGAGGAGGAGCUUAAGGACGUGCUGCACGCUCAUGCGCUGGAGCUGCAUCAGCUGCCCCGCAUCCUGUCCACCGACCCUGUAGCUCGCUACUACGGACUGAAGCGUGGCCAGGUAGUCCGCAUUGAGCGUAAGAGCAUGUCAGCGGGCCUCUACGUAACCUACCGGCAAGUCGUGUGA